AUGUCCCAACCCAGAUUCACUUCCACAAUCUUCCUUUUUCUCACACUUCUCCUCAUUCACACACAUCUCCCAAUCUCCACUUCCCUCUUAUCAACUACUGUUAACCUCAAUCUGUUGCAAAACACUGAAAUGGAUCAUCAUCCAGUAAUCACUAAAAGGGUUUGUACAAAAACCAUUGAAGAUUGUUUCACUGAAUCUGAGUUAAUGGAUUCAGAGAGUAAUAGAAGAGUUUUGGCAAUGCAGAAAAAGUACAUAAGUUAUGAUACAUUGAAGAGAGAUAUGGUUCCUUGUGAUAAAGCUGGUGCUUCUUACUAUAACUGUCAUCCAAGACAAGCUAAUCAUUAUAGUAGAGGUUGUGAGGUUAUUACUGCUUGUGCUAGAGGUUCUUAG